UGUUCAGACCGUGGCGUGAGCUUUUCGCUUGUGGCUUGCGCCGGUGCCAAGAUGGAAGGAAAGGUCUGGAUUCCAGAACCUCCAACGACGGAUGACAAAGCCAAAUCUUUCCCCUGACAACAACACUCUGCGAUCAGCGUGCUCCCCCGUUUCAGUUUAAAUGCAGUCAACUCCCCAGCAAUCUUACCAAUGGGCCAAAACCAUGCCAUGCCCUGGUGAUCUUUUUUUUGUGCUGUGCCUGUGCUUCCGCAACACCGUCUCGGCCAUCACCUACUCCAGGAUUCCCCAGAAGGCAUAUGUUUGUAGCCGCCUGGCCUCUUGGUCUGACCAUCACCCCUCCGUUAGGGCGGAUUGUGGCCCAGCCCAGCCGGCUCCUAUCAUUCGGUUCCCACGUGGGGGCAAAAAAAGGGGGCAGCAAUGGUAAUCAACAGAACAGAGCGAAUGAUGGCUUGGAAAUCGAACGAGCAACGACAGACCUUGGGUAUACCUUGUGCUUCCGACAGCCUGGCGUGGUGAUGGGGUGGUGAAUAGGGUCUUCCUCGCAAGGCUGCAUGAUGGUAAUCUCGUUGACCUGCUUCAACUUUAUCAAGCAAACCCGGUGCCAUUGACCGCUCUUCGGACGAUGACUUCAUUGUCCCCCAGUAGUCGCUGUUAAGGCGAACGGCGACGAGUGCUAGCUGACAGGCGUAGUGCGGGGUUGAGAAGCUAACAGGCACGACUUGCCGACUUGGUGGAGCGUGGUGGUUGAUGAAACAGCUCCCGUUUCAUCGUCGAAUUCCGUCCCGCUGGCAAAGACUUCACCCCGCCAUGAUUGGCCACGCCUGUGUCCCGCUCACAUGUUUCCAUCCUACGAGACUGUUGUUUGUCCUACUACGGAAUGCAUUUCCGGGAUGCUAUUCUUCUCAACAUUGUUGGGUUGGCAUCACGGCCCGCCACAAAGUCCCUCACCAUCGGCAGGGGUCAUGGUGAACUGGUGAACUGGUGAAUAUGAAGAAAACUAUCUAUGUCAGGAGGGUGUAUUUAUUUGGCCUGCUCAAAUAGAAAACCAGCAAGCAAAACAGCUCGCUUCCGAAUAUAUCUGGUUUGAUAUGCAGAGAUAGACAUUCGGAAGGACAUCAUCGUAGAAUGGAACCACUCUCUCGGCUCCUCGUUAUGGCAGCCGAGCUCGGGGUGUCGACGCCGCCGUCAUGCGCAGUCAGCUGGUGGUGGGGAGCCAAAUGGUGACACAGCAUCGUUAGUAGAGCGGCACAGGGAAGAAACAAAAGAGCGGUAGCUAGGUGUUGCCUCUUGUGACGCUUGCUCCGAGUAGCUUCAAAGAGGCCCACGGGGGCUGUAACGAGUGAACAAUGAAGAUUGCCGUGUUCUUUGAUAACAAUGUCUUUGGGGGCAGCAUGGGCAGGAAUGCAGCGAUAUGUUCCCGAGAAGCGCCUUGCUUGGCUCGAGCUUCGUUUCAUGUCAAGGGGGGUCCCCUAAGCGAUUGGUGAGCCUCUUGAAAGUGCUUUACGGCCUGUCCAAUCCGCCCUCGCAACGCGCUGCACCGCACCCUCCGAGCCAACCCAUCAGCCUGAAUCGGGACCAUUUGCCCAUCGCUCGCAUCCCCUGCCCCACCUGGAGGCACCACCCCAGCUCUCUGAACAAAAACCACAGGCACCCUCCACCCGCCUGCCAGAGAUACCCCUCUGGAAUACUCUGGAUAGUACUGUACCUAUUCGGUACACCUACACCUUACCCGACCUCAUCGACGGCGCCGGUCCUGCCUGUUUCUUCGGUUCUUUUUUUUUUUCGGUCGUCUUUCUGCAAAGCCGUACACACGUGCCUAUUCUCUAGCUCAUCCCGGAGAAAGGAAAAAAUAGACUUGGAACUUUUCUCGGAUUUGGGCCCAAAAGAGGGACGGUCGUCACACAACGCAUUCAACAACUGCUCCGGCACCCGUCGGGAUUCCUGCACUGCUCUCUGCUCUCCCUCUCGUUAUUCAUCACCCUGCAGCCCCUUCUGCAGCACGCCGGACUGGCUCAACUGUGGGUUCUCCAUCGGCAUCGCACUGCCUCCUGGUGAUUCCAGACUCCAGACUCUAGGCCACCUCAUCCUGUCAACCAUCCCCCGGCACACCCCUGCGCCGCUAGGAAAACCCCAAGACUGAAUUCAUGCCGUCGUCGGUCUGACCAAAGAGAAAACCAAGGCUCCGCCGUUGCGAUGGCAAUGUUGGCUUCCAAGUCGACAUUUCCGGCUUCGCUGGGCUCGCAGCCGUCGGCCAUGAUGGUGAACACGCCCCAGACCGCCUCUGCCUACCCCUCCUCGAGACGCGCGCCCGCCGUUCAGAUGGCCACCCAAAAUUACCAAAGCCCGACCGAGUCGGAGUUUUCUGACGUCGACGGUCCGGACUCGGUCAAGAAUUGGGAUGAAGAUAGGGUUUGCGAGUACCUGCGGAGCGUCAAGUGUGGCGAAUACGAAAAGAUCUUCCGCAGGAAUCACAUCAAUGGAGACAACUUGUUGGAGAUGGAUAAGGAGGUGCUGAAGGAGAUGGGCAUUGACAAGGUGGGCGAUCGUGUGCGCUUGUUCCUGAGCAUCAAGAAGUUGCGGACCAAGACAUACGCCAACCAAAAGAGGCGCAACAGGGAUUCCUUUGCGGGGCUUGAUGUCCAAUAUGCGCCCUCCUCACAAUCACCACGGCACCAACCAAAUACUGGUGCCAGUGGUCGCGGGAUGCCAGCGAGCAAUAAGAGGCCUACCUCUCCUCAGUCUUCCGGUGGCUUCAGAAGCGCCCGCCAACAGCAGCAGAGAUAUCCUCAACCACCUCACACAGCAUACAGUCAACCAACUCCUGCGACGGCCAUCUUCCCCAUGUCUCCGCCCGAGCCACCACACACAGGCCGUCUGAUGGCAAGCCACACCAGAACUCAGUCGGAUGGCUCAUCACUAAUGGCCGCUUUGCCCCCUGGACAGGAUGUGAUCCGGGUUAUCUCGACAGGUGGUGUCACCAAGGUUGUUAAGAUCGCCGACUGCAACACCUGCGAGGAAGUCAUGCGCGUCACAUUGCGCAAGUUCGCUUUACGGGAGGAUCAUGAGAGAAACUACUGCUUCUGGGUCUUGGUCGGUGGUGAUGACCCACAUAAGUGCCGUCGCCUUGGAGAUACUGAACUCUGGAGGGUGAUCAAAGACCACACCCGACCAGAACGAAAUCGCCUCAUCCUACGACGUGUUCCUGCCGGGGAGCCAGGAUUCGCCGAAUUAGAAAGAGCAGCUGCGAUUGCCAUGGAGGAGGCGCAACAAAACCACAAUCGCUCCAUGGAGACUAUGGACAAGCGAAGUCAACUAAAGGCACAAAAGGUCUUGGGUGAAUCGUGGGAAACUAUUCAGCAGCCGCCCCUUUCACCUGUGUCUUAUCAGGACCAUCAAGACCGAGAAAGAAAUGUGUACAACACCGCCAGAGACUUGGAGCGGCCGGCACCCGCUGAGACACCACGAAUGCCCCGCAGCCGCAAGGUUCUUCGGCAGUUUGGCGGGCUAAGACCGCCCAGCGAGUUGAUCGCGUCGGAUCUUACCAGCUAUUUCCCUGACCACUCCAGAGAGGCUAUCGACAGGACAGCCCGCAUGUCCAUGCGUAGGUCGCAGCGCCUUAGCAGGGUGAACCACCGCCUCAGUGUUGCCAGCACCCUGAGCUUUGCGUCCAGCAUUCAGGACGCACCUCCUAUUCCUACCAUUGCCGACAGUUGGCUCACUGCUUCCAACCAAGUCGCCAGGGUCCGUCCUGGAAACCAGCUGGGCCGCCUCAACCAUGGGUACCGGGACUCGGUCGCCUCCUCCGUUCUCGACACUCUACAGGAAGAGUCAUCACCUAUCGAACCGAACCGCAAGUCUUAUGUGUCUUUUGCGGAUAGCAGCUCAGAUGCCGGUACUGCUGCCGUCAGCAUCACCGACCCAGAUGGAAACGUAGUCCGACACAGCUACUUUGACGGCGACAGCACCGUCGGAUCUGGCGGUUCUCUCCAAGAAGUCAACCAGGCCCUCACCGACGACGGAGAGGAUGCCGAUGAAGAGCUUCAGAGCUUCCUCGCUGGCGACUCCUGGGAUGACAGCAAGUGGAUGAAGGGUGCGCUCAUUGGUCAGGGGUCUUUUGGUUGCGUCUACCUCGCCCUCCACGCCGUCACUGGCGAGCUUCUCGCCGUAAAGCAAGUCGAGACCCCAUCGCCCGGCGCCAACAGCCAGAGCGACGCCCGAAAGAAGAGCAUGAUCGAGGCGCUCAAGCGUGAAAUCAGUCUCCUCCGCGACCUCCGGCACCCCAACAUUGUGCAAUACCUCGGCUGUGGAUCAUCAGCCGAAUACCUCAACAUUUUCCUCGAAUACGUCCCCGGCGGCUCAGUCCAAACCAUGCUUAACUCGUACGGCGCCCUCCCCGAGCCCUUGGUCCGCAGCUUCGUCAAGCAAAUCCUCAACGGCCUUUCCUACCUCCACAACAUGGACAUCAUCCACCGCGACAUCAAGGGCGCCAACAUCCUCGUCGACAACAAGGGCACCAUCAAAAUCUCGGAUUUUGGCAUCUCGAAGAAGCUGGAAGCAACAAACAUUCUCAACGGGGCCAACAAUAAUAAACACCGGCCUUCGCUGCAGGGGUCAGUGUUCUGGAUGGCACCAGAAGUGGUCAAGCAAACGUCUUACACCCGCAAGGCGGAUAUCUGGUCGCUUGGGUGUCUUGUUGUUGAAAUGUUUACGGGGACGCAUCCGUUCCCGGAUUGCACGCAGCUGCAGGCCAUUUUCAAGAUUGGGGGGGCGAAGGCCACGCCGACGAUCCCGGAGCAUGCGAGCGAGGAGGCGAAGCAGUUUUUGGGGCAGACGUUUGAGAUUGAUCAUAACAAGAGGCCGAGUGCGGAUGAUUUGAUGUUGAGUCCGUUUUUAACGCCGCCGGCGUUGUAAGGGGAUGUAAUAUUUGAUUCUUGGGAGAGCCGUCCUUGAUACUUUUUGGUGCGUUUUUUUCUUCUUCUUUUGGGGGUUUUUUAAGCUUGGUGUCUACGGAAAGAAUUUCUUGGUGUUUUUUUUGGGGGGGGGGGGAAUUAAUCGUGUAUAAUCACCGCUGAGUAUGACUUUUGGGUGGGGAUGCUUUUUUUACUUGAGAUACAGACGCACACAGACAAAUUUGACGAAUAUCAUGACGGAUAUGGAUUGGGUGGGGGGUUGGAUGGUGAAGGGUGAAUGGUGGAUGGAUAUGCAUGAUGGUAGAUGACAAUGGGUGAAAGGAAAGAAUUAACAAAGCUACUCAAUUUAAAAAGAAUAAACAUGAGUGCG